AUGAACUUGAAAAGACGCAGCCAGCGGACGGCCCCCUUUCUCCAGCAGAACUGGAUCAACGGAGUCAGCUCUUUGCAAAACUCAGCCAUGGGCGCGGCACUCUCCACCCCCAAGCACCGUGCGUCAUAUUCCGUCGACGACGAUGGCGCACCAGCCCAGAAGCGUCGUCGGCUAUCGUCUCCCGAUUCCCUCGACGUCGACCACCUAAUUGCCUCUUCAGAGAACCGUUCCACGCUACGGAUUGAGGUGCUGAAAGUCUUCCACAAGGACUCGAAAAAGGUCCGGACCUAUCAGAACUCGGUCGUGCCGCGCGAUAUUCUCACCACCAAGGGCAGCUGUCGCAUUACCAUUUUUGACGUGAGCUCAACCUGGGAUCGCGUCUUGCACUGUCAGAGCCAAGUUUGCGACAUCACCACAUACAAGAACCCCGUCGGUCCUCAUCGGGUGGCCCGCAUUGACCUGCCCCACCCAUUCUUCGUUCCCGAGGAGAGCAUUCUCAUAAACAGGCUCGACGACGAUGCUCACGAUUUUUCUGAAUCAUACAAGCUCGUCAUCGAAUUGGAAGCUACCAAUGAUGGGCCCUGGCCGCCUCUCGAGUCUCAUGAUUUCGGCAUUCCCGUGGGAGAUCAAGGGCCUCUAUCCGACUCACCCAAGCGCCUCUGGGUCAUGUCCAGCGAAUUUCCGCACGUCUAUGGCAGAAUUAAGAAUCCUCUUAGUCUUACAGCUGGCUAUCACCCCCAGGCUCCCUCACGCCAGACCGAUUAUGUCAUGGAUGUCGACCUUCGGUGGACAACAGGCUUUCGUGCCUUGAAGCGCCUCGAAAAGGGCUCCAUGCCCUGCAUUACCGCGAUUGAUCCGGAUGCGGAAGUUUAUACUACCGGGCGCUUCGAGCCCAACCUUGAUGAUGAGCCGAACGGUAUCAAUGGCCAUGUCCACGAAGACGAGCUAGAAGACGAUCUAGAAGGCGAUCAGACACCUAGUAGGUCGUUGAGAGCCCGGCCAAAGAACAAGGUCUACAACCUCAAGGUUCUCAGUGAUCAGGCGCAAGGGAAGGAGAGAAAGCGGCGGGCAACGGCUGCGCAGGCUAUUGCCUCCGAAGGUCGAGUAACAUACUAUCUUCCCACCGAUCAGCCCGUCUCCCUAGAUUUCUAUCGCUGCGUUAGCUGCGGUGCUUAUAACCAGUCUGUGGCUCAUUUGCAAGUCCACUUGGAGACGGCUCAUCCGAUGUACGACUAUGUGUUCGAGACAACAAGUCAAGGGCCGCAAUUUCGAGUCUCGAGUCGUAUUGAGUCCCCCACAACUCCUACCAGGACUUACCAGCUUGGACCGCCCGUAAAGCCGUUCAACCUGGAAACUUUUGCCGCUGGUGACCACUCGUGGGUCACUUCCAGGCUGGGUCCAGAAAACAACACUGAGCCUAUUCGUUCCCCCACAAAGUCGGCCGCUGUCAGGGAACUCUCUGGGAAGACUGGGUCCAAAGCUGCAAGCCCCGCAGAUCGGAAGGCCGAGCAAUCUAAAAAGCCAAAAGUCCUCAUUCCUGACACAGGUCGGCCCCUCUUCGACCCGGUAAGCAAAGCGCGACUCAAACCUGGCGAUGAAGUGCCAGUGGCGAUCAAGGACAACGCCUGGAUGAUCCAAAAACAUCGCGAGAGCAUAGCAGAGUUCUCAGAUGUAACGCCAGCUGAGAAGGAAUUCGUCAGAAAAUGGGAUGCCUUCAUGCUUGAGCAGAGUCUUACCACGAGCGCGUAUUUCCCACGUGUCUGGCUCUCGUUUGUUCGGGAUCAAGCCUGUUGGUUGGCGAGCUCCAAGCAUCGCAUGACGGAGUUCGCGAAGCAUACGAGUGUGCUGUUUGCGCGUGAUGUUCUGGACGACAAAACGGUCAAUGAUGCCUUUGGGUUUAUUAAUGAGGAACGGACCAAAACAAAGCACAAGGCUAGAGAACAUGCCAAUGGCACCAACGGUGCGCAGACGGCGGAUGUCACGCCAAAACAAUCCCCUCGCGCUUCUCAGAUUCGCAGAGGUGCAAAUGGGUGCACGGUGUGUCAGCUGCCGGUUCUUGGACCCAGGCUGCUUCUUUGUUCGAACAAGGCCUGCUCGCGUCGCCUUUACCACUCUGACUGUAUCCAGGAGAAUGCCGUUACUCCCGUGACCCAGUCCCCAUGGCUCUGCAACACGUGUACUGAGCCGAGAAAGGCCUCUUAG